CGGGAAAACGUGGCACCACUGUGCGUGGCGGCCACCAUAUAUAUAGUGACGCAGCGGCCAUCUUGUUCUUUCCAGCAGCGUGAGACGAGAUGUCUCACCGUAAGUUCAGCGCGCCCCGUCAUGGGUCUAUGGGAUUCUACCCCAAGAAGAGGUCAAAGCGUCAUCGCCCCAAGGUAAAGGCUUUCCCCAAGGACGACAAGAACAAGCCCGUGCACCUUACGGCCUUCCUGGGAUAUAAGGCUGGCAUGACCCACAUUGUUCGUGUGGCAGACAAGCCGGGAUCCAAAAUCAACAGGAAGGAGGUGGUGGAAGGUGUGACCAUCCUAGAAACGCCCCCUAUGAUCUGCGUCGGAGUUAUCGGAUAUAUCGAAACCCCGAGAGGCAUGCGGGCCCUGAAGACUGUCUGGGCUGAGCAUCUCUCUGAAGAAUGCAAGAGGCGUUUCUACAAGAACUGGCACAAGUCCAAGAAGAAGGCUUUCACCAAUGCCUCCCAGAAGUGGCAGGAUCAGGUGGGGAAGAAGGUCAUCGAGAAGGACCUGGCCAAGAUCAAGAAGUACUGUAGCUCUGUUCGCAUCAUUGCACACACACAGAUCAAGAUCCUGAAGAAAAGGCAAAAGAAAGCCCACAUUAUGGAAAUCCAACUCAACGGCGGGACAGUGCCAGAGAAGGUGGACUGGGCAGUGUCCCACUUUGAGAAGCAGGUCCCCGUCUCUAACGUCUUUGCCCAGGACGAGAUGGUGGAUGUUAUAGGGGUGACCAAGGGCAAAGGUGUAAAGGGCGUGACCUCCCGUUGGCACACAAAGAAGCUGCCGCGCAAGACCCACAAAGGUCUUCGUAAGGUUGCCUGUAUCGGAGCUUGGCAUCCCAGCCGCGUGCAGUUCACCGUGGCUCGUGCUGGCCAGAAGGGCUACCACCACCGUACGGAGAUGAACAAGAAGAUCUACCGUAUUGGCCAGGGUGUUCAUACCAAGGAUGGAAAGGUGGUGAAGAACAACGCGUCCACGGAGUACGACUUCACCGAGAAGACCAUCACGCCUAUGGGAGGCUUCCCUCACUAUGGUGAAGUAAACCAGGACUUUGUGAUGAUCAAGGGCUGCUGUGCGGGACCCAAGAAACGAGUCAUCUGUCUGAGAAAGUCACUUGUAGUCCAGACUAAGCGCAUUGCUCUGGAGAAGAUCAGUCUACACUUCAUUGACACCAGCAGUAAGAUGGGUCACGGUCGCUUCCAGACAAGUGCAGAGAAGGCUGCCUUUAUGGGCGUGCUUAAGAAAGACAAGAAGAAAAAGCUGAAUCAAUAAAAUGUAGCUGGAUGA